AUGGCGCAUUUACGGGGCGUGGCGGAGGCAUCGGCGCGGAUAUUCGGCAACGUGAUCGGCAACGGGCUGCGGUCGGGGCACAAGGUGCUGAGCCAGAAGCUGAUCGGCGACAAGGUCGUCGCGUGGUACCCGGAGCCCGUGCAGAAGAUGGAUCCGCUCUACGUCGACCCUACCGAGCCCAAGCGAGUGCUCAAAAUAGAGCGCAUGAAGAGACGAGGCAAGGGUGUGCCCAAGAAGGGCGAGGGCAAGCGAGCAGGCAAGCGCAAGUGA